AUGGAUUCCGAAAUUCAUAAGGCAGCCCGGUACGACCGGCAGGUCCGUCUUUGGCAAAGAGGUGGCCAGGCUCGGCUAGAGCAUUCUCAUGUAUGUGUAAUCAAUGGAAACACCACCAGUGCAGAGAUCUUAAAGAACUUGGUACUUCCAGGCAUUGGAGAGUUCACAAUUGUAGAUCUGAAAACUGUCUCUGAUGCGGAUCUCAGCGGGAACUUCUUUUUGACGGAAACAGAUGUAGGAUCAAGUAUUGCAGAAGCUAUCUGUGCCAAUCUCUGCGAAUUGAAUGCUGAUGUGCGCGGAAACGCGGUGAGGGAGGAUCUUCUGAAGCUUCUAAACGAUUCUGGUUUUUGGCGCCGGUUUGAUGUCGUCGUGGUGACUGAGAGAAUCAGAAAAGAGCAACUUGAAAGACUCGAAGGAAUAUUGUGGCCCCAUAACAUUCCUUUGAUGCGUGUAUGGACAUGUGGAUUUAGUGGUGCAGUGCGUAUUUCGAGAUUUGAGACUGCUGUUGUAGAUACUCACGAUCCUUCUCCUACAUUUGACCUACGGCUUGAUUGUCCAUGGCCCGAAUUGGCCGCCUACGCUGAUUCUUUCGAUUUGGAUGAAUUAGAUGAUGCCGAACACGCACACGUUCCAUAUAUUGUAAUCUAUUUAAAGGCACUUGAGCAUUGGAGAAAGACCAAUGGCUCUCUCCUGGCUCUUCCGCUGAGCUACCCUGAAAAGACCGAUUUCCGGCGCAAUUACGUAGAGAGCAUGGCACGAAAUAUGGGAUUGGAGACAAACUUCAUUGAGGCUUCGCAAUCCAUCCAUAGAGCGUUGCAGAAAACUAACGUCCCAGCGUCUGUGGCGGAACUUUUUCAAAGACCAGAGACUUCUGACUCUAGUUUGCGGGAAACGAAGGCUCCUUUUUGGCUCCUAAUUCGUGCUUUGAAAGAGUUUGUUUCGUCAAGCGGAGGCUUCCUUCCUCUUCCUGGAGUAUUGCCUGAUAUGGUUUCGACAACUUCAAGUUACGUUCUUCUUCAGCAAAUCUACAGGAAAAAAGCACUUGAGGAUAAGCUGACCUUCCUGAGUAUAAUGCUGGAAUUACACGAGAGUCUCGGCUUUGAGUCAGAUUUUGAUGCGGAAACCAUUGCCAACGUUUGCAAGAAUUCCGCUCUGAUACAUCUUUCCAAUGGCUCGCAAUUGAACAACCAUAAUAAUUUGCUUUCCAGAUUGUCAAAAUCACUAGAGCAAAGUUCAGAUCAUAAUCUUCUCCUCGUCUCAUAUUUCGGUAUAGUCGCCCUUGACUCAUUGGCGGAACAAGAAUCACACGACUUCAGUCAUUUUGUCCAGACCUUCUGCGAUAUCACAAGAGUCCCGCUACAAAAUUUGACGGAACCGAUUAAAAAUGUAUUAAACGAAUUGUACAUCCACAAUACAAGCAGGUAUUUGAAUGUAUGCAGCUACAUGGGUGGCAUUGUUGGCCAAGAGAUCUUGAAGAUUGUGACAGCACAGUACAUUCCUCUAGACAAUCUAUACGUGUUUGAUGGAAUCAAAUCUAUGAGCGAGAAAUGGAAGGCAUUAUAA